GCGUGCCGUCGUCGUCGCACAAUGGUUUGACUAAGGUAGGCCUGGAGAGGGGACUACUAUAAGGCCCUCGACACCGGCACCGGCCUAUCCAUUUGCUACGAGACCAUCUCCGAUCGAUCGUAUCUCGGCGCGGCCAACGAUCCCUACGGGCCAUCCCCGACAGACACUGCUUGCGGAUUAUCCAUUGACUAUAUCGUCGGCUCGGCCAUGGCUAAGGGAGUCACCCUCGUGCUCGCUCUCAGCGCCAUCGUCUCCAGGACUGUCGCCCUUGAAUUGCCCGACUUCAUAAAGGUCUGCAAAAGGAACGAUCCGGAAAUCGAGAGCUGCAUUAAGGACAGCGUCGAGUUCCUGCGACCGAAGCUCAUGACUGGCGUCCCCGAGUAUAGUAUCCCGUCAUUGGAACCGCUGCUACUGAAGGAGCUGGUGGCCGCGGAAGGUAGCAACGGGCUGAGGAUCACAGCCAAGGACGUCAAAGCUUUCGGUGCCAGUAACUUCAUCAUCCAGAAAAUUAGAGUCGACCUGGAUACGCUGCGCUUCGCCCUGGACAUUCUGCUACCGCAUCUCUAUAUCGAAGGCCUGUACGAGAUCGACGGGCGGGUGCUGCUGCUGCCGAUCAGAGGUAACGGUCCCAUGACCGGCAACAUGACCGACGCCACGGGUUCCGUCAAGAUCCAGGCGGACUUUUUCAAGGACGAGCUCGGUGAGAGCCACCUCAUUCUCAGCGAGUUUCGCAUGCGAAUCAACAUCCGCAAGGGCUCGCUUAAUCUCGAGAACCUCUUUGGCGGCGAUCCCACCCUCGGCACCGUCGUCAACAACGCCAUCAACAGCAACUUCGACUCGUUCAUCAAGGAGCUCCAGCCUCUCAUCGAGAAGGCGCUCUCUACCGCCUUCCAGGACUUUGGCAACAACAUCGUCCGACCCUUCACCUACGAUCAGCUCUUCCCCGAGAAAUAGGAUAAUCGUCGAUGACUCUGCGCCAAUCUCCUUCUCGUGCCUCCCCAACUUUCGUCCAAUCACUCUCGGCAUUUGUUACGAUGGUCCUUCGAAGCGCCCCUUGGAAAUCUCUCGUGUCGCUUUUCUUUCAAUCGUCGUAACACUGUGCGAGCGCAAAAACUAAAAAGCAAAAAGCAAAAAGCAAAAAG